AUGUCCGACGUGCUUUGCUUCGAACCUUCAAUCAUGACUCACCCUUUCAACCCCAUGACUGAUGAGGAAAUGCUCAUUUGCUCCAAGUUGAUCAAAGAUUCCUACUCUGCAGCAGAUAAGCCUCAUUUUCUCCAGAUUGAUCGUCUAGACCCUCCUAAGAAAGAUAUGAUAAAGUAUCUUGAGGCCGAGAAAGCCGGCCAUUCUGUUCCCUUUAUCGCACGAGUUCUUUAUGCCUAUUUCUAUAUUGGAGAUAUUCUUCAUAAGGCUUUGGUUAAUACCACGUACCAUCAUGUGAUCACUGAUCAGGCCCUUCCAAAGGGUGUACAAGGCCCGUUGUUACCCGAGGACGUUGCAGAAAUGGAAAAGUUGGCCACCUCUCAUCCUAUCUGUAAGGCCGAGAUUGCCAAGUUGAAACUUCCUUCCAGCGUCAGGGUUGUUUGUGAUCCUUGGAUGAACGGUGUUGACUGUGUCGAGGAUAGACUUUUGUGUCAGUGCUACAUGUAUUUAGCCAAUGCCAAUCAUAGCGAGUCCAACCAUUAUUCCUUGCCCUUAAAAUUCUCCCCUGUCUUUGAGAUGCUUACCAAGAAGUUUGUCCGGAUGGACUACCUCCCAUCUGGCGGUGUCGGCGAGGAGGCGAUUCAGGAUACGUUGCCAUGGACAAAGUUCCCAUUUGUUGAGUAUCAUCCUGAUUUGAAUGGGGAAAGCCAAAUUAGAGACUUGAAACCGCUAAUUAUUGAGCAGCCAGAGGGUCCAAGUUUUUCCAUUGAAGAUCACAGAAUCAAAUGGCAGGAAUGGGAUUUCUAUGUGAUCCCUACCGUUAGAGAAGGCUUGGUUUUGUACAAUAUUCACUUUAAGGGUAGAUCCAUCAUCUACAGGCUUUCCAUGUCUGAGAUGACUGUUCCUUAUGGUGAUCCAAGAUCUCCUUUCCACAGAAAACAGGCCUUUGAUUUGGGAGACUGUGGCUUUGGAACUAACGGAAAUAGAUUGAGUCUAGGAUGCGAUUGUUUGGGUGUCAUCAAAUAUUUUGAUAAUAGGAGAACCAACCGCGAUGGUGAACCUCAGUUUAUUCCCAACACUGUUUGCCUGCAUGAGCAAGACUAUGGAUUGUUGUACAAGCACGUCAAUUUCAGAACCUUGCAAUCAGUUGUGGCUAGAAGACGUGAACUUGUUAUCCAAACUAUUGCAACCGUGGCUAACUACGAAUAUUCUAUCAACUACAUCUUUGAUCAAGUUGGUGAGAUCAAAAUUCAGGUGAGAGCAACUGGUAUUCUAUCGACCAUGCCUCUUGAUGAGGGUGUUACUGUUCCUUGGGGUACAAACGUGGGACCAAUGGCUUUGGCAUCUUACCACCAACAUUUACUCUCUUUCAGAGUCGACCCAGCUUUGGACGGUCAUAACAACACCGUCUGCUAUGAUGACGUCUUAAGAAUGGAGCCAAACACUAAACUGAACCCUAACAAUGUGGGCUUCUACACCAAGCGUACCAUUGUGCAGAAAUCAGGUUACAUUGAUCAGUCACCUUUCACCAAUAGAGCUCCUAAGAUCAUCAACGAGCACGUAAUCAACAAGAUCUCCAAGAAACCUGUUGCUUACAAGAUCGUCAUGCCUGCUAGACAGCUCAUGAUGGCUGAUCCAAAUUCAUAUAAUGCUAAGAGGGCACAAUACGCUCAACAGCAGGUCUGGGUCACCAAAUAUCAUGACAACGAGCUCUAUGCCGCAGGCGAGUUCACCAAUCAAUCUCAGGACGACACUGGUGUUGGCGAAUGGGCUGCCCGUAACGACCAGGUCAGAGACACCGAUAACGUGGUCUGGCUAACGCUUGGAUUCACUCACAUUCCAAAAUGUGAAGACUUUCCUGUCAUGCCUGUUGAGAUUCACGAGAUCGGCCUUACUCCGUUUGGUUUCUUCGAGAAGAACCCUGCUUUGGAUCUACCCCAGGCUAGCAAUGCGUUUAACAAAUCGCAGUACUAUCCGGAUUCCGAUCACCCAUCAUCUGCCCAUGGUCCAAGUUGCUGCCAUAAAUCAAGCUUAUAA